ACACAUGGAAGAAUAUAAAAACACCCUUUAGUGUAGAAGGUAUUACUUUUCGGGUGUUUGAGGUUGAGGAACAUGCUGACAGUGUGUAAGGUGACGCUGGGUCUCGUGGCCCUGCUGCUGCUCAGCUCUGUUAAAGCUGAUGAAGAGCCUGUGUUGUCAGUGGGAGAGAUCCUGGAGAGGGCUAAUCGAGGAAUCGUUCGUGGAGCUGAUGAACCGACGGUUGUAGGAGACAUUGCAGUGGGUGAUGCUAACGGGAGGAACGCUGAUCCAUGUACAUCUACAAGCUGCAAGUGGCCCAAGUCCAGUGAUGGAUUGGUUUACGUUCCCUACCACAUCGCCAACCACUUCAACGCCCGUGAGCUGCAGGUCAUCCAGAGAGGUCUAGAUUCCUUUGCAGCCGUUUCUUGCAUCCGAUUCGUUCCACGCUACAACGAGAGGGAUUUUCUCAGCAUCGAGUCACAAAACGGGUGCUACUCUUGGGUAGGACGUCUAGGUUAUAGUCAGACCGUGUCUCUGGACCGCAGUGGCUGUAUCUACCACAACACUGUCCAACACGAGCUGCUUCACGCUCUCGGUUUUAACCAUGAACAGACCCGCAGUGAUCGUGACAACCACAUCCGUGUCGUCUGGGAGAACAUUAUUGAUGACAUGAAGUAUAACUUUGACAAGAUCGCCACUCUGAACCAGGGAACUCUGUAUGACUACGACUCUGUCAUGCAGUACCACAGAACUGCAUUCUCUAAGAAUGGUAAGCCCACCAUGGAGCCCAUCCCCUACAGUAAUGUAGCUGUAGGCCUGGCCAGAGAGAUGAGCCAAAAUGACAUCAUUAGAAUUAACAGACUCUAUCAGUGCUGAACACACAUUUUACACUUGAGCUCAAAGGUCAUAUGUCACAUUUACACCGAAAGGGAUUUCUGUCUGAUUCACAGACUAUGUGAUUUUAAAUAUAUAUUAAAAAACAAUUAAAAUAAAUUAAUGCGAUACUA